AUAUUUGUAAGUUUAAUAUUUAUUGGGUUCGAAGAUCAGGGAAGAAUUAUAUGGGCAUAAUUUACUCCCUUCCAUAAUUAUGUGUUGGGAAAAUCACCUCAAUUUUCUAGCGGAAGCAAUAAAUAAUUUUCCCGUCUUUGUGUUGUCAAAAUGGGCAAAAUCAUAUGACCAAUCAAGAAUAGCAAAAACAACGACAAGCAAUCAAUCAAGCGAUAAACGAACACCAAGAUUUAACGUGGAAACCCCAAAUCGGAGAGAAAACCACGAAGCCUUCCACUAAUCACCAAGAAAAUCAGUGGGUACACCAAGAAUCUUCUCUAAAUCAAUUAGAGGUACACACAAUCAUCAAGUAAUAACUUGGAACACCAAACAACAAUAAUCUUCACUAAAGAGUGAGAAAUUCCCAAUAAAAACGCAGCAGUAAACAGAGGCAAUUUUACCGACAUCGAGAGGUCAAAACAACAAUCCCACCGUCGGAUAUGAAGAAGAGGAUCUCAGGAACAACAUACUAAAAUUUCAUCCCGAUCGGAGCUCGUUUAGUCGUCGAUCGGAGCACAAAACCAGGCUGCACCUCUCUUUUUCUCUCUUCUUCCUUCUCUCGGUUUUACUCUUUUUUCUUCUCUGUUUUUCUGCUGUUUUUUCUUCUGCUCGUGGACUCCCGGAAGCGAGAAUGGUGCAAACAAGGAGCAACGUCCCCACCACCAGCCAGGUAGUUUGCGAGGAGAUGGCGCCGGGAAGCGGCAACGGCACGGGCGGCAUAGGCUCGACUCCGGACGCGGUCCAGGCGCUGUUCGGCUUGAGGGUGACCGCGGAGCAGCUCCAGGCAGCCGUUGCGGCACUUUCCGCCGUGGGUGGGAACGUGCCCGGCGCCGGAGUUGGCAAAGCUCCGCCCAAUCUCAAUGCCGAACACGCUGCCACUUCCCAACACAAGGGGAAGAAGACCCGGAGGAGUAAGAGGAGGCCCGGCAAGGCCCCGGCAAUCGAGGAGGUGAUUGUGGAGGACGUCCCGGAUGAGGAGGACGAUGAGUCCAGCGAGUGCCGAGUGUCAGCCUUCAGGCGCUUAGGAGGGGAAGAGACCCGGGUGUCGGCCUUCGACAGGCUCGACCGCGGACCGGAAGUUCGCCCGGGCGACCUCCGCCGACAAAUAGCCGAAGGCAGGCGGAGGCAUGCUGAGGAGUCCGCAACAUCGGAUGCUCGCUCGGCGAGGUCCGAGCGGAGCGGAGAGAGGCGGGAGGAGCGCACCCAGCGUCGCCAUAGCCCGACGAGAACUGAGAAGACAAAGGUCUCUGACCAAGGAGUGUCUCGGCUCGCACGUGAGGUUGCCGAGCUUAAGCGCCGAGUGGAGACCAGGGCUCCCUACAGCCAGCCCAUCUUGCGGACGGUAACCCCGUUCACUCCGAGGGUUAUGUCGGUCCCGCUGCCGGCAAACUUCCGGCCGUGGCAGAUCAAGGCCUACAACGGAACGACGGACCCCCAAGAUCAUUUGUCUAAGUUCUAUGCUUCUAUGGAAGCGGCGGCUGCCCCGGACGAGGGAACUAUUGACGAUUGGGAUACACUGGCGGAGAGGUUCUUGACGCAUUUCGCGGCAAACCGAAGGCAGAGGCUCCCUUACUCCCACCUGCUCAACAUAUGCAUCCGCAAGGGAGAGAAGGUCCGCGACUUCAUAGUCCGGUGGGAAAAGGAAGCCAGAGACGUGCAUGGGGCGGAUGACCAAGCGUUGGUGGCCAUGUUCCAAGCAGCCCUUCCCCGCGGAGAAGUGAGGAAGGAGCUCCGCAAGAAUCCUCCCCCCACGUACCAAGAGACCUUGGCGCGCGCUAAGUUCCUAGCCUCGGAGGAGUUCGAUGAUGUUCCCGACUCUGAGGCCGCGCCCGCCAAGCGAGCUCCCGCAGACUCCGGAGAGGCCGCGAAGAAGAGGAAGAAGAAGAAAGAUUACACCGCGGGCCCGAGGACGCCUUCGGCUGCCCCAUCUCGGGGGCCGCCGGAAGGAAGAACUUGGAGAAAGCCGGCCGAACCGGUCGCGGUGGCCACGCAGGCAAGGAACCCCGAGAAGAGGCACAUUGGGCGAGAGUGUGAUGAUCUAGACGAGGACGAAGCCCAAGGAUAUCCGGUGGGAUUCAUCCAUGGAGGAAACAUCGGCGGGGACUCCUCCUCUCAAAGGAAGAGGUGGAAGCAUAUGGCCUUUGUUGCCAAGGUCCAUCAGGCGCCGGUGCCCAAGCUCGGAAGGCGAGAGCAAAUCCAGUUCACGGAGAAGGACCUCCCGAGCACGCUGAGCCCCCACCGGGAUGCCCUAGUCGUGAAGAUUGAAAUCAAUGACGCCAUAGACCUCGGCUUGGACCGCAAAGACUUGAGGCCCGUGCGCACUCCUCUCUCCGGGUUCACGGGGGACUCCAUUGAGGCCGAAGGAGUCAUCACCGUGCCCGUGAUAGUAGGGGAUGGGGCGCACAAGGCUGAGCUGAAGAUGGAAUUCAUGGUUGUGAGCAUCAACUGCGCGCACAACAUGAUCCUAGGGCGGCCUGGCCUGGAGGACAUGGAAUGCGUAAUCUCCCCGUAUUACUUGUGCAUGAAGUUCCCCACCCCGUCCGGGAUUGGUGUGGCGAGGGGAGAUCAGAAGUUAGCUCGAUCGUGCUACGUCCGAAUCACGAAGAAGUUGCCAAGGGACGAGACGUUGGUCGUGCAAGCACAAGAAGGGGAGCGGAAGCUAGAAGCACGACCGAAGGCCGAGCCCUCCGAAGAAGUCGAGGAGGUGCUGCUCGACCCUCGAACACCCGAGCGGAAGGUGAAGGUCGGGAUCCCAAGGUCAUAUGCCACCGCUUGGCAGUCAAUCCUGAGUCUAGGCCAAUAAGACAGAAGAAGCGAUUCCUCUCGUCCGAACGGAGGGAGUUUGUUU